AUGGCGAUACUGAGGAAGAACAGGAGCUCUCUGAGCUUCGUCGUGGCCGCCAUCAUGGUGGUCAUGGCUGCCACCCUUGUCCUCUCCUCGUGCGACGUGCGCAUGCAGAAGGAUAAGCCCACCGCUUUCCCUGUGCCGGCGAAGUGCUACGCGAGGUCUUUCCCGAACUGCACCGAGGAGCGGUGCAAGAUGUUCUGCAUCCAGCCGCUCCCCGGAGCCGUCUGCCUCGACAAAAAGACCUGCUGCUGCCCUGUUGCUUAA